GUGUGUGUGUGCGCGUGAGCAUGUGAGAGAGAGAGAGAUCUCCAUGACAACUUGCUGGGCCAGUCUGCGUUCUUUGCAAUCAUUUUAGUUGGAAUCAUUUAGUGCUGUGAAAGGUCAUGUGAAGGAGUUGUGGGAAGCACAGCAGGUAUUAGACCCUUAACUACUGGUUUCUAAGUGCAUCAGGUAAUAGGACAAAGUUUUGUCUGGGAAAUACAAACCUGAGAAUGGAGCGGAAAGGGAAAUGCUGCAAAUUUCAGGUAUCUAGGUUUAUAGAGAGCAGAAAUGACCAUGACUGCCAACAAGAAUGCCAGUGUCACCAACAGAGCUGGAGGGAAUAAAGUGCCUCAGGAUACUCUGGACCGGUGUCAGUCAGUCUCUCCACCACCUCUUUUGUCCCCACCAAGAAGCCCAGCCUACCCCCUCAGUGAUAGUGAGGACUCCUGCCAAUCCAACAGACCCACCACGGUCUCCAGUUCCAGGCCACACCUCAAGGACUGGAGCAGCCAGGGAUCUACACUGAAAGGCACCUCUACAACCCCUUUGGAUGCCAGCCCUCCAAGUCACCCUCUCAAGGCUGUCACCAUUGGCUCAUUGGAUAAAAGGCUGUCUGUGUUCAAGGCUGAGGACCAGAAAGAGACCCCCAAGGAGGCUCAGGAUGGGGAUGUAAUAGGGAGCCGUCAGCUCACCCGAAGCACUCUCUCCUUGGGCACUGCUACCAGCUUGCGGAAUCUCUCUCUCAGCAGGACUAGUGUCCGCUCGCAGGCCUUGGACAUCAGGCAGAAGAUCACAGAAUGGGAAUGUCGCAAAGAGCCUUCUCCCAGAAUGAGCACGUGUAUGGACAAGAGAGAUGUCGGAGAAAGGUCUGGUAGUGAGAGCUGCCCUAGUAUGUUGCCUUCUCCUUGUAGCGAGAAGACUUUUGACUUUAAAGGGUUCAGAAGAAUGAGCAGAACAUUUUCUGAGUGUUCCUACCCUGAAACCGAGGAGGAAGAUCUCCCAGAGAGAGAUUCCUUCCAUAGGUUUGAAAAGAGGCCAAGCAGGAGUGAGCCUUCUUCCAAUGCUUUCCUCAAAGGACCUGCCAGGAAAGAGACUUCUGCUGUACUAAACAGAAUACAGAAGAUUGAACAGGCAUUAAAAGAACAGCCUGGCAGGGGUCUCCCUCAGUUGCCAAGUAGCUGCUAUACUGUUGAGAAAGGGAGGAAAAAGUCUGUGACUCUGGGAACGGUUGAGGGUUUGAGUGAGAAUCUGAGUGAUAGCAAAGGAGGGAAUGUAAGUUUUGGGAGUGAUCCAGAAACACCUACUGAAACUGAAAAAAGUAGCAAACUGAAACAAGGGGCUAUUGCAAAUUCAGUUAGCCCUAAGCUGCUGCUUGAGAGCCCAGCUAGCACAGCAGUGAACCCUGUCCCCAAACCCAAACGCACCUUUGAAUAUGAAGCUGACAAGAACCACAAGAAUAAACCAAGCAAUGGUCUACCUCCUUCUCCAAUACCCGCUGCUCCUCCCCCACUCCCCACCACCCCUGCGCCCCCCAUGAUUAGACGACAGAAGAAAGACUCGCGCUUUCACAGAAAAUCCCAAAAUAGAAAAUCCUUUGAGUUUGAGGAUGCUUCCAGUCUGCAGUCCUUGUACCCUCCCUCCCCAACUGAGAAUGGUACUGAGGCCCAGCAUAAAUUUGGAUCCAAGAGCACUUUAGAAGAGAAUGCCUAUGAAGACAUCGUAGGAGAUUCACCCAAGGAAAACCCGUAUGAGGAUGUAGAACUAAAAGGCCGUCACGCAAGUCGAAAAUCCCAGCAGCUAUCUGAGAAUUCCCUAGAUUCUUUGCACAGGAUGUGGACUCCCCAGGACAGGAAGUACACAACACCUGCCCAGCUGCCUUCAAAGCCCAGCAGCCAAUCAUUGCGCAUUGGAAACUGGUCAGAGAGAAAGAGCCAUCGCUUACCACGCUUACCCAAAAGACACAGCCAUGAUGACGUGCUGCUUCUGGCUCAGCUUGGUAUACCUUCAUCACCCUCCAGUCUGAAUGAUGACAGUCUGAGUACCACGAGUGAGCUGCUGUCCACGCGCAGGGCCAGAAGGAUCCCUAAGCUUGUACAACGGAUCAAUUCCAUAUAUAGUGCGAAAAGAGGGAAAAAGAGAUUGAAGAAGCUUUCAAUGUCCAAUAUUGAAACAGCAUCACUGCGAGAUGAGAACAGUGAGAGUGAGAGUGACUCAGAUGACAGGUUUAAAGCUCACACCCAGCGUCUAGUUCACAUCCAGUCAAUGCUGAAGAGGGCUCCUAGUUAUCGGACACUGGAACUGGAGCUAAUUGAAUGGCAGGAGCGGGAGCUGUUUGAGUAUUUUGUGGUGGUUUCCCUGAAAAAGAAACCCUCAAAGAAUACUUAUCUCCCAGAAGUGUCUUAUCAAUUUCCCAAGCUAGAAAGACCCACUAAGCAAGUACGUGAAGCAGAGGAGCGUCUCAAAGCCAUCCCCCAGUUCUGCUUUCCUGAUGCCAAGGAUUGGGCCCCAGUAUCAGAAUACAACAGUGAGACCUUCUCUUUCAUGCUGACUGGAGAAGAUGGCAGCCGAAGGUUUGGUUAUUGCAGAAGAUUACUGCCAAGUGGAAAAGGUCCACGUCUACCUGAAGUAUAUUGUGUCAUCAGCCGACUGGGUUGCUUUGAUUUAUUUUCUAAGAUCUUGGAUGAGGUUGAAAGGAGAAGGGGGAUAUCUGCUGCCCUGGUUUAUCCAUUUAUGAGGAGUCUGAUGGAAUCUCCUUUUCCUGCACCUGGAAAGACCAUCAAAGUCAAGACUUUUCUGCCUGGAGCUGGAAAUGAGGUGAUAGAGCUUCGGCGUCCAAUGGACUCACGCCUGGAACACGUGGACUUUGAGUGUCUUUUCAAGUGCCUCAGUGUACGUCAGAUCAUUAGGAUCUUUGCUUCACUUCUGCUGGAGCGACGUGUUAUCUUCAUAGCAGAUAAGCUCAGCACCCUCUCAAGCUGUUCUCAUGCUGUGGUGGCCCUGCUGUAUCCCUUCUCCUGGCAACAUACCUUUAUUCCUGUUCUUCCCUCAUCCAUGAUUGAUAUUGUCUGCUGCCCUACUCCAUUCCUGGUUGGAUUGCUGUCCAGCUCUCUGCCCAAGCUGAAAGAGCUGCCGGUAGAAGAGGCUCUAAUGGUCAACCUGGGAGCUGAUCGUUUUAUCAGACAGAUGGAUGACGAAGACACUCUAUUGCCAAGGAAAUUGCAAGCUGCUCUGGAGCAGGCUCUAGAGCGAAAGAAUGAGCUGAUAAAUCAAGAUUCAGAUAGUGAUUCAGAUGAUGAGUGUAACACCCUGAAUGGAUUAGUAUCUGAAGUCUUCAUCCGAUUCUUUGUGGAAACAGUAGGCCAUUAUUCACUGUUCCUAACUCAGAACGAAAAGGGAGAGCGUGUUUUUCAAAGGGAGGCUUUCCGCAAAUCAGUAGCUUCCAAGAGUAUCCGUCGCUUCCUGGAGGUUUUUAUGGAAUCCCAGAUGUUUGCUGGUUUUAUCCAGGACAGAGAGCUGAGAAAAUGUAGAGCAAAAGGUCUCUUUGAACAGAGGGUUGAACAGUAUUUGGAAGAGCUUCCAGACACUGAACAAAGUGGAGUAAACAAAUUCCUACGAGGUCUUGGUAAUAAGAUGAAGUUCCUUCACAAGAAGAAUUAACUUCUUUCUACUGACAUAUCCACCCAAAGACUAUUUAUGACACUGUGCGUGAGACACCUGCAACCUUUCAGAUUCUGGUGUGGGAGAGGAAUGAAAUGAGCUGCCCUCAGCUUUAACUGACUACAAAUGCUGUUUGACAUUGUGCCAGAAAAAAAAGUGUCUCUGACAACUUCUUUAUGUAUUUGGAUAGAAUUUGUAAAUAAUGUGCUGUAAGCUUCCUUAACUGAUUUUGUAACGAGCAAAAAAACUGUGGUAAAUAUUUGUAUAUUCCUGAGAAUAACAGGUGCUUCUUUCUUUAGUAUGAAUUGAGAUAUGCUUGGUGCAAAAUGAAUAGCUAAUUAUGUGCAGCUGACUGUCUCAGCAGAACCACUGACUUCAAAGGAUGUUUGUGAGAACUACACUGAUGCCUGAAUACUGUGGUAAUGAAUGAACUCCAGGGUAUGUGGGGAAAGUUGUAUGCACGGGGGCUGGUUAUGUGUGGCAGAGUUUUUAUUUUCCUCUAGUUUGCCUUCUAAUCCAUUUUAAAAGAAAAAAAAGUAACUUUGUAAUAAGGUACUUGGUUUACAGCACAGAAUUUCCACUUGGUUUGAGCUAUGGUCAGUAAACUGUAAUGCAUUCUGCACUAUGACUGCUAAACAUGAGGAAAUUUGAGUUCUUUGACAUGCGGGCUGCAAUGAUUAGGUACAGUACAUCCAUUCCUAAUGUAUGUAUGAAAUAUGGUUUCUAAUAAACUGUGUAAAUAUA